AUGUGGACAAGGGUGAAGAACGCAGGCCCCACUGCCAACAGACAAAGUUUCUCCCUCGUUCACCAGUAUAUUCAACAUUUUAAUGAGGUGUCUGGCAACAAGACAGCUGUUAUUCGAAGAAGAUCUAAGACACCUGGAGUGAUGAUCAUGCAGUAUAUCAUAAACAUACCAGAGGGGAAAAGCACCCCUGAUUUCCAGUGUAAGCCAAACCCAGUAACAACUACUGAAGGGAAAUCAGCUAUUUUCACGGCUGUGGUGACGGGGGAUCCAAAACCGGAGGUGUCAUGGAAACGAGCUAGAGGAAAUAUGUCAGACAAAUUUCAUAAGAGACACGACGAAUCAACAGGGGAGUACAUAUUAGAGAUUCAUAACGUGUCUGCUGCUGACAUAGAUACAUACAAAUGCUAUGCUGUGAAUGAAUAUGGCAAAGCUAUUGGCACAGCAACAUUAAAUGUGAUUGAAGCUUCAUCAAAUCCAGAUUUCAGAAACCUGCUGAAGAAAAGUAAAGUUGAGAGGGCAGAUGGAGAAAUGGAUGAAAGAUUCUGGGACGUGCUGCUGAAUGCUGACAGGAAAGACCAUGAGCGCGUCUGUACCGAGUUUGGUGUCGCAGACUUGCAACUGAUUCUCAAGAAACUAGAAGCAAAAAAGGAAGAGAGAAUGCAAAAUAAGUUUAAGGAGAAAGGUGCAAUUCCCCAUGAAGACACAAAAGAGAAGCAGAGUCUUCAGUGUGUCCGGAGGACAAAGGAUUUUAGUGCUAUGGACACAGGGCUGAAUCAGGUGGAUGUCAAACAGAUCAACUACCACCUUACAGAGUUUAAAUGUAGGUCCUAA